AUGGCACCUAAUGACUCCGUUUUCAGCCUUAUCGUGGCUGAUCCAGGCCUGCCACGGUCCAAUCCUACCCAAUCUUACUGGCAGCACAUUCCGCAUGCUCUCGCUGACAUCCAAUCCCCGGAUUUGCCAGCCAAUCGAGACUUUGCUGUUAUUGGAUCAGGAAUCACGGGUUUAGCGGUGACAAAAACCCUCUUGGAGCGCCAUUCUACUGCUACAGUAACCGUUCUGGAGGCUCGUACCCUGUGUUCGGGUGCAACUGGACGCAAUGGUGGUCAAAUGGCUGCGAAUGCUGGAGAACAGUAUUUGAAUCUAGCAGAAACUCAUGGGGCCGAAACAGCGGGCAAGAUUGUGGACUUUACAUUCCGUAACUUGGAGAAGAUGCAGGAAUUAAUCAAGGAGUACGAGGUGGUAGAGUUAAGCGAGUUGCAGAAUUUGCGGAAACUGCGAGUCUUUUUGACACAGGGGAAAUUUGACGAUUUCAAGAAAAGCAUUGCCCGUCUAGAAGCAGAUCACCCUUCCAGGAGAGGGUUAUAUACAAUCCUGGAUGCGGAUGCAGUCGUGAAAGAACAUGGAAUCCACGGCACAUCUGGAGGAGCAUUGCUUCCUGCAGGAACAGUCUGGCCAUAUCGUCUGGUCACCAAAGUGUUCUCGGCGCUCUUGGAAAAAUAUCCUGGGCGACUGACAAUUGAAACACAUACUCCAGUUGAAUCAAUUGAGCAUACUUCUAUACGUGCCUCGCCUAUCACGGCCAUUGGUUCAUACGUACUACGCACUUCUCGCGGUCCAUUGCGAGCCAGCGCCGUAGUGCAUUGCACCAAUGGGUAUAGUGGGCAUCUUGUCCCAGGCCUCAGAGGACUUGUCUAUCCUUUCAAAGGAACGAUGACUGUUCAAGAUCCAGAGAACUCGGUACCUAACCAAGGCACUGCUAUCUCAUGGGGCUUCCACUAUCCUCCCUCUUGUGACCCCGAAACAAAGCGGAUUGGAUACGGGCUGUAUUAUCUAGGACAAAGUGCAAAGACUGGAUAUUUCUACUUUGGCGGCGAGAAUGCACGCAUUGACGAGUCAGUGUCGGCAGACGAUAGCUUUGUGGCUGAACACUCCGUUGUCCACCUUCAAUCGGUCCUACCACGAUUUUUCGGCAAAAAUGUUAGAUCCAACUGGCGGCUGAUCAGUGCCUGGAGUGGUAUUAUGGGUUAUUCGCCUGACGGUCUUCCAAUAGUCGGACAAUUGUCGUGUAAACUGACAGAGCGAAAGGGGGAUGGUGAGUGGAUUGCCGCUGCAUUCAAUGGUUAUGGCAUGGCGAAUAGCCUGCUAAGUGGGGAGGCUUUGGGUUUGAUGAUAUUGGGAGAAGAUGUCAGCAGUUGGCUCCCAAUGGCCUACGGAUUGGGCGAAAGAAGGCUGCGAGAGGCGCUCACGAUCCCAAAGGCCAUCAGUGCUCUGAACUCGAAGCUAUGA